ACAGGAUGAGGGGACAGCUCUUCCAAAGGAACAAGGGGAACUGAGUAUCAGGAAUGACUCAGAGGCUUGUUCACAGGAAGGUGGAGGUGGAUGCUAUUGCAAGAAAAAAGAGACGUUCGUGAAGGGGACUGUGAUAGAAAGAAAGCCACACUCUGGCUAAGAGAAGGGUUGCAUUUCCUUCCCUUAUUUCCCCGCACUUCUCUUUUGUGCUCAUUGUCACAGUGACACAGCUAUCUGACUGUGGAGUCAGGUAUCUCUGCUGAUCUGAGCACUGCUGCAGAAACUGCGUCUUCCCGAAGUUUCUCCAAGGGCCUGGGUGACCACUAUCUACGCGGUCAUUUCAGGAUGUCUAUUUGCUGCUCCAUCCUGGGAACAAGGCUCCUGAGGUGGGGUUGUUCCUUUUCCUGUGGGGCUCCUAACAUGAUAACAAGCAGGACAAGCCUCCCAGUAGCCACACCCUGUGUGUCUGUCCAUCCUGCCCGGCACCAUAGUCUUCUCUAUCUGCACAACGGAGACUAGAGGAAGGAGACACAAUGACCCCCACCCUCAUGGCCCUGCUCUGCCUCGGACUGAGCGUGGGGCAAAGGACACGAGUGCAGGCAGGGAUCCUCCCCAAACCCACCAUCUGGGCUGAGCCAGGCUCUGUGAUCCUUCGGGGGAGCCCUGUGACCAUCUGGUGUCGAGGGACCCUGAAGGCCCAGGAGUUCCGUGUGGAUAAAGAGGGAAGCACAGCACCCUGGGACAGACAGAACCCACUGAAGACCGAGGACCACGCCAAGUUCCCCAUCAGGCGCAUGACAGAGCGCACUGCAGGGAGAUAUUACUGUUACUAUUUCAGCCCUGCUGGCUGGUCAGAGCUCAGUGAACCCCUGGAGUUGGUGGUGACAGGCGUCUACAGCAAACCCCACCUUUCAGCCCUGCCGAGCCCUGUCAUGACAUCAGGAGGGAACGUGACCCUUCUGUGUGGCUCACAGGAGGGAUUUGGCAGGUUCAUUCUGACUAAGGACGGAGAACACAGGCCCUUCCGGGCCCUGGCCUCACAGCAACAGCCCAGUGGAGAUUUCCAGGCCCUGUUCCCUGUGGGCCCCGUGACCCCCAGCCACAGGUGGAUGUUCAGAUGCUAUGGCUGUUACCCCUCCCGGAGGUGCUCACACCCCAGUGACACUCUAGAGCUCCUGGUCUCAGGAGCAGCUGACACCAUCAGCCCAUCACAAAACAAGUCAGACCCCAAGAGUGCCUCCCAUCCCCAGGACUACACAGUGGGGAAUCUCAUCCGGAUGGGUGUGGCUGGCGUGAUCCUGGUGAUCCUCGGGGUGCUGCUGUUUCAGGCUCCACGUGACCCGUUAAGGACCCACAAUGCAUCCAGGAGGUGACCACAGUAGGGAACAACACACCGUUCAGAGUGGUGCAGACUUGGGGCUCAUCUGAUGACCCAGGAGGUGUGAAAGAACAUUUGGACCAUACGUCAGGGAAUUGACCCGGGGAGGAGACGUGGUUGGGACAGGAAACAUGUGCGUGUCACUGUAGAGGACUCUUCCUCCAUUAAACGUGGUGCUGUCUCUUCCUGCCACCGCUGACUCUCCUUGACUGACUGCCCUUCAGUUCUCAACCUGUGAUGUGAGGGUCCAUCCCACAUGGCAGGUUUGGAACCACAUCUAUACACACCCUCAUCCUGGACAGCUUUCAUAUAAACAGAAGCUGGUGUCUCCAUAACACUUUUAUCCAGCCAUGAAGAACAAAGCACUGGUACCUGCUACAAUGUGGGUGAACAUCGAAAACAUGUAGCUACCUAACAGAAGACAGACAGAAACGAUCACAUUUUGUGUGAUUCCAUUUAUAGAAAUUAUCCAAAAGGAAAUCACUGAAACAGGAAGCAGACUCAGGGGCUCAAUGGGAGGAUAAAAUGGAGACUUACUACCUUGCAGUUUCUUCUGGGGUCAUGAAAACCUCUUGGAACUAAUAGAAGUGGUGGUGCAACAUCGUGAAUUUACAAAAUUCCAGUUCAUUGUAUACAUUAAAAGGGUUGACAUUAUGUUAUGUGGAUUUUACAUCAAUAAAAGAAAUGCAACUAAAAAGGACAUGACUCCCUAUAGAUCCCUAUACCUUAGAAGUUGCACCAGGUCCUCGAUAAGUUUUAUGGCAGGCAGGACUCUCACCAGGUCAGAGAUUCCCUAAAUGCCUUAGUGCUUAGCAAUUAACUCAAUGGUCAAAUUUUCACCUUCACUAUUUUAA